AGGGGGGAGGAGGUGCAGCCGUAGACGGGUACGUUCCACCCACCUGCUCAUACGCCUAGGGGCCUGGAAACAGAGCAGAACCGAAUUGAUGACAUAGAGAGGAGCACGAAAUAAGACGGAGGGACGCAUUUUCCAAUGUCGGGUGGGCAGAUAGUGCGGUUGGUCGGAAGGAUAUUCAAUCAGAAACUGCAAAAUAUUUAAUGGCAUUGCACAAAGGGAGAGGACGACUGUAAAGGAAUUUUAUUUAGCAACGUUUCAAGAGCUCCGCUUGAAUUUUGAUAUGAAAUAACCAAUGAAAACGGAAGCCAGGUGGUUAUAAAUAUCAAGAUUUCCAGCCCGAAAACAUUUCUUCGAAGGAACACGUUAUAAGGAGUGCUGGAGAGACCGGAGAAAGGGGAAGUCUGUUGCGUACAGAUAGUUAAACUCUCAGAAUAAACCAUGCUGCCCCUAAUGCUCACUGCCACGCUGUGUGUCACCUUCCUGCACCUGUCUACAGGACUGCCCUCUGCUUCAGAUGAACUGGGUGACCAUGGUGAUGGAGUUCCUGUGACCUCUGACCCUCCCCAGCAGCAGCCCUCACAAUCCCAGACCUCUGUCCCACAGUCCCUCCGGGAGCUCCUCCACGCUGCUCUCCUCAGCAAGGAGUAUCUCGGCCACACCCCUCUCCCUGCUGGAGCGACGGGCAGUCCCACGCGAGCGGCCCCGUCCGUCCGUGCCGAUGACCCGCCGUCCGCCGCCAUGUCGCCCGGGGUGCUCACCACGGCUGAGACCUCGUCUGCGACGGCGCCCCAAGCCGCCCGGGCCAGCGCAGGAAGCGCGGUGACAUCACUUCCUGCGGAAGAGGAAACGACGACGACUCUGAUCACCACCACGACGAUCACCACGGUGCAGGCGCCUGUGCAGUGCAACGCCAGUCUCUACGGGACGGAGGGAGUAGUGGAGUCUCCAGACCCUCCCCCCUCUUCCUCAUCCCUCCUUCCUCCUCUGGAAUGCACGUACAGCAUCACCGUCUACCCUGGUUACGGGGUCGAGAUUCAGGUGAAGAGGGUGAACCUAUCCAAAGGCGAGAUUCUGGCCAUCCGGGAACUGGAGGGGACGGGAUCGGUGCUCCUGGCCAACGAGACGCUGAUGAGCGAGGGUCAGGUGAUACGGAGCUCGACCAAUCGGGUCCAGAUUCACUACCGCAGCCUGUGGCCCACCGGCCCCGGCGUCUUCAGCCUGCGCUACCGAGCUUUCCUGCUCUCCUGCACUUUCCCUCCCUCGCCUGCGGGGGGCAGCGUGACGGUGACCGGCCUGCACCCCGGAGGGCGUGCACACUUCCACUGUGACCCCGGGUUCCAGGUCAGGGGUCAUGAGGCGGCCACCUGCCUCAACUCCACGCGACCUCGCUGGAGCUCCUCUGGACCGCAGUGCGUCGCAGCGUCAUGCGGGGGCUGGAUCAGGAACGCCACCGUCGGCUGGAUCCUCUCUCCUCCGCAGCCUCCCGCCGGUAACCAUAGCAGCGGCGGGGUCGGGGGCGGGGGCGGGGGCAACCUGAGCUGCACGUGGGUGUUGGAGGCGAGGCGGGGACGCCGGCUCCACCUGCACUUCCAGAGGCUCAGCAUGGACGAGGACUACGGCAGAUUGAUGGUGCGCAGCGGGAACAGCUCCGCCUCCCUCCUGGUCUUCGACUCGGACCUGGACGACGUGCCGGAUCGGGGGGUCCUGAGCAUGGGCUCGUCUCUGUACGUGGACCUGACCGCCGAUUCCGCCGCCAUCCCGCUGGUCCUGGCGCUGCGCUACGAGGCUUUUGAUGGGGACCACUGUUACGAGCCCUAUCUGGCACAUGGCAACUACAGCAGCAGCGACCUCACUUCCUCCCUGGGAACGGUCGUCUCCUUCUCCUGCUCCCCCGGCUUCGUCAUGGAGCAGGGGUCAGGGGUCAUCGAGUGCGUCGACCCCAGCGACCCGCACUGGAACGAGAGCGAGCCGGUGUGCCGAGCGCUCUGCGGAGGGGAACUGACUGAGCCUUCGGGAACGGUGCUGUCGCCCGAUUGGCCGCUGAGCUACUCCAAGGGCCAGGACUGCGUCUGGUUGGUCCACGUCGGUGAGGACAAGCGCAUCGAGCUGGAUGUGCAGAUUUUGAACAUUCGCCAAAAUGACAUGCUCACCAUAUUCGAUGGCCAUGACCUGAUGUCACGCGUGAUUGGCCAGUACUUGGGGUCCAGGGAGCGCUUCCAGGUCGUGUCAGGAGAGUCGGAGGUCAUGAUUCAAUUCCAGAGCGACCCCGACGACGGCUCCUUCUUCCAAACCAAAGGAUUCAGGAUUCAUAAGGUGGAGCGCAAUGACACAUGCCCUGCCGUUCCUCCAAUCGAGUUUGGCUGGAAGAGCUCGUCCCACCCCUCGCUGGUGAGGGGCAGCGUGCUGACCUAUCAGUGUCAGCCUGGGUAUGACAUGGUCGGCCCUGACAUCAUCGCCUGCCAAUGGGAUCUCUCCUGGAGCAGUAGCCCUCCCACCUGUCAGAAAUCUCCGGAACCUCGGCAGUGUCCCGACCCGGGGGACGUGCCGAACGGGGUGCGCUCCGUCCGCCCCGAGCCCGGCUUCGCCGCGGGGACGGUGGUGCGCUUCUCCUGUAACCUGGGUUACGAGCUGGAGGGCCCCGCCCACAUCUCCUGCCUGGGUGGCGAGGCAGGAGAGCCGAAAUGGAGUGAAAAAAGUCCAAAGUGUGUCUUGAAGUACGAGCCUUGUCCGAACCCAGGCGUCCCUCACAACGGCUAUCAGACGCUCAACAAGCGCAGCUACCGGCCGGGGGAGUCCCUCCACUUCUUCUGCUUUGAGGGCUACGAGCUGAUCGGGGAGGUCUCCAUCAACUGCCUCCCCGGACACCCCUCCCAGUGGAACAGUCCGCCUCCGUUCUGCAGAGCUGUAGCUUAUGAAGAACUGUUGGAUGGCCCCAAGCAGGAAUUCUUCAGGUCGACGGUCCCGUCGCACCAGAUUAAGAAGAAGAACAGCGCGUUCGCGAUCGUCCUGCCGGUCAUUCUGCUGAUCUGUCUGAUCGGGGGGGUCUACAUGUACUAUGCCAUAGCGUGCAGGCAGCCCGGGAGGCCGCGCUUCCGGAAGCCUCUGUCCCACAGGCACGCCUACAGCCCCAUCUCCGUGAAGACCGACUUCAGCAACUCCGUCUACGAGGCGGCGGACACGAGAGAGUAUGAAGUAUCGAUCUGAGAGCCGAAUGACUCCUGAGAGAGAAUGGAAGGAAUGAGGAAGAACGACUGGGAGAGAGGCACUUUCUUUUUCCCACCAGUUGCUUUCUUUCCCCUCAUACUCGCUGCUCCAUCUCACUCCAUCCUUUUUUAUCCUCUUUGCUCCCUUUUCUCCGUCUGUCUGUUCCUGUAAAACUGCUCUGUCUGUCGGUCUGUUUAUCUGUCGGUCUGUCUGUCUGUUGGUCUGUCAGUCUGUCUACGUUUGACUGCUUCAGUUAGUUUUGUCUGUAGCUGGCUGUCAGUGAUUAAAGCGAGGUUUGGUGAUGAAGCUGCUAUCUUCAGCGUAGCAUCAGGACUGAGGGGCUGCUGGGUGGCUCAUCAGGUUAAGGCACCUCGCUGCAGUUCGGGUAAGACCCCCAUGUUCCGGUAUCGUAUCUGAGCCAGGCCAGUGCCAAAUGUGGGCGGCAGGCUGGCAGGGCCAUGUGCAGUCGGCUCUGGCAUUGCCCAGAGACGGCAGGGUUUCAGCUGGCCAAGGUGAACACAUUACAUCGCUCAUCAGCGACCCCUGCGGGCAGUUUGGGCCCCCAGACAUCUGCCUGAUAAGCUAAACUUGAAGUGUCUUCCUCCAGCUCGUGUCUAUGUGAGCGCGUCUUGCAGUUUGGAUGAGAAGCUAACAGCUGCAGUCACAUGCUGCAGCAGAGAGUGCAUGCUAGCGAGGUACUAGUGAGGGACUAGCCCACGGUGCUAGCGAGGUGCUAGCGAGGUGCUAGCCCAUAGUGCUAGCGAGGUGUUAGCCUGAGGUGCUAGUGAGGUGUUAGCCUGAGGUGCUAGCGAGGUGCCAGCUCGAGGUGCUAGCGGAGUCUAUGGCAGUGAGCACUAAUGUAGAUGCAGAUGGGCAAUCCAAAUUAGGAAGAAAAACUGAAGGGGGGGGGAAGCAUUAAAAAAACAACUAAUACGUCAGAACUGGGGCCUUUUGGGAACAGAAAGUUAAAAGAAACGGGUGAAACAAAGAAAUGAAAAAGUUUGCACUAAUAAAAGACGGAAUAUUAUUUUAGACCAUGGGUUAUCGGGGUGGGGAUAUAUUUCUGGGUUUUUGUCUUGUGGUGUUCUUGCUGUGUAAUCUCUGGACUGCUUAACGGGCCCCUUGUUUAAUCCAAUUAUCCAUGACUGAAGAAUAUCUGAACAUUAUGAGUAAUUAUGUAAUUAUACUGUAAUUAUACCCAGAUGCACUGCUUCUCUCUGCAGGUUGAAUACAACAGCAUGUCCUUGGGUCAGAUUGAACUGAUGUUUUUGCAGAGUAAGGUUGAAAUGAUGAGGUACUGGGGUGGACUGCAAGUGCGACACUGUAACAAUCAUUACUUAGGUCCUUUGAGACUUGGCAGCCAAUACGACAAUUAUGUUUAGAUUCAGUGCUAAAGUGUUAUUUAAUUUCGUUAAGUGUAGUAUAAUGGUUAAGGAGCUGGUCUUGUAAUCUAAAGGUUACAGGUUCGAUUCCCAGGUAGGACACUGCCGUCGUACCCUUGAGGGAGGUACUAAACCUGCAUUCAGUAUAUAUCCAGUAUAGAGGGAUGCAGUGUAAAUGCUGUGUAAAGUUGGAUAAGAGCAUCGGCUCAGUUUUGUCUGUAAUGUGUUAAUUGUGGUCCUAAAACCACUUAUAAUCACAUAAUCUCACUUUCUCUUUCUGUCACCUUUUUUGUUUGGUAUAGUUGAUUCACUACUUAACCAGUUUUAAUAAACUAAAAAUGCUUUUUAGUUGAACCUGAGCCCUCAUAUUCUGUUUAACAAGGCGUAGAGAAGGUCUUACAGGAAUAAGGUGUUAAAACAACAAGGGAAGUGAAAUCUGGAGACAUUGUUAAAAAUGAGACUGACUGACAGACAGGAAGACAGACUGACACACACAUUCAUGCAUCGAAAGAAUCAAAUGUAAAUAUUUUGUUUACAUAUCAAAGACAAUGUAUAUAUUCAUACACUAAUUACGUGCCAAAAUACAAAGUAUGAUGUCACUUCCUGUAGCACUUUUGUCACCAUGCGAUGUCACUGUAGUUCCUGCAUCAACUGUAAAAUAGAAUGUCAAUGUUGCAUUUUGUUUAGGCCUAUGCCUAGAACAGGCUAUGCGGGGACCAUUUUAUAGCCAAGCAGUCAAGGAACCUGGCUAAUGCCAGCUAAUGCCAGCUGAUAUCUUUAAAAAAAAGUGUUGUCCAAAGCCAGUGUUAUUUGUCUUAAGUAUUUUAUGCCUGGAUUGGCAACUGCUUCUCAGUCACACACUGGAAAGCCUCAGGAAUUGCUAAUCAAUGCCUACUGGCUCGCUCGAGAACGCUCCUGAGAUACCCAAGCAGUCUGCUUGCCCACUGGACCACACUGGCUUCCUGUUCAGAGAAUCUUUAGGCAUUAGAACACUAUUCACUCAUUUUUAGGGAUUACUGAAUGCGAGGAAACCCACCAGUAUUCUUAACCUAGUCCACUGCACCAAUGCGGGACACAGUAUCCCAACUAGGGUGGAGUUUACCCCAUUUAAAAUGUGCUGUGUUCAGUGAAAGUGCAAAUAAGCCCCGAGCCUAUCAUCUGAGUUACAGUCACAAGCUGGUUUUCAAGAGACUGAGUUACGGAAACAACGGCAUCUUCUUACAUUUUGUUUCAUUUUGUGUUACGUUCAUUGUGUUGUUGCAUGUUAUUGACCGAGUUUGUGUUAUUUAUAUUUUGAAUGUCCUCUCAUUGUCUUGUGUAAUUUGAUAAUAUAUUUAAUGCACUACUUUCAGCUUUAGGCCUGAUAUGUGCACGUUUAUCUGUUGUGGUUGUCUGUGAUGAACCCAGGAAAAACUGGACUAAUGGUUUUUAAAUAAACAAAAAAAAAUUAUAAUAAUUACUACGCUUAGCAAUGAUUAUUAUUCUGUGAAUGCUAUUGGUGUUGCAGUUCAUGCACUGUGUUUUACUUGUAAAUCUGGCUGCUUUCUGUGUUGCAGUAUUGACCAAACAUGUAUUACUUUAAUCGUGCAGAUAUUUAAUGCGCUUCCUGUUCUCACUGAGCUGUGCUUGUUCAACUGUGCCAAACCGGGGAAUGGGAGAACUCUUAAUAAUUUAUUACAAAUAUAAUGUCAAUGGUUCUGUCCUUUCUUAACCAAUUUUGUUUUAUUUAUUUAUUUAUUUAUUUGCUGCAAUUUAAGGAAAAUAAAAGAUAUUUGUCAAA